AUGGACAUGAUAACCGCGUCUCCGACGCUGGCACCAACGCCAACGCCUACUGCUCCCUAUAUCCGAAGCAGCACCUCUAGCACAACCUCUGCCUUUCCUGGAUCGAGUGACUUCAUAGUGUUUCCCAAUGGCAUAUAUCUUUCCAAAUUCUACCUUGUUUCGUCCCAAUACUCUGGCCUUACCGACCUUGAUCUCCAUCUCUACAAUGUCUGCUAUCUGCCCUACAACCCCUUUGAUGUUGAGAAAUCAUUCGGCAUCGACAAGAGAAGGGCUCCACCUACAGACUCAUCAAAUGCUCCGCGGCCGACAUACUUGAUCGAAAAGGCGCCAUGCCAGCGGCAGGCAUCGAUAAAUACAAACUGCUAUUUCAAAAACACAAACGGCACGUUCUCGGGUCUCGAACCUUAUUCAGACGAAUUCGAUGUACAGCAGCAAUGUUAUUGCGAGAGAUACCCUUUUUUUGACUCCGUGCUGGGAUGCUACCACUGGUUCCCCCAAAGCUACGUAAAUGCUGCGUCAAAAGCGUAUUGUGGCGAAAAUCCGGCACCAGCUGAAUUCUACCAGUAUAUGCGACAGUGGGCGAGAACUGACCCCGCCGCAAUUAUCCCUAGUACAACUGCAUCGACUAUUUUGGGCACUCAGACAGACGCCAGUUUAUACUAUACAUACUCUGCUGCUGCUACGAGUUCCGGCGGCGUUGCUCCAGGAAGGCCUUUAAGUUUAAGACGGUUACUUCUGGCUGUCCUCUCGGUGGGCAUAACCCUUUACCGAUGA